AUGUACCAGUGGGCGCCACUUUUUUUGAUGCUAGCUUUCUGUCGUUUGGGAAACUUCCUAGAAGUUCCUUCAUGCCCUGAAAAUGACGAAUUCACCCUAAACAGCACGAUUAGGGAACAGUUAUAUAAACGGAUUUUAAAGCAGAAACCAUCGUUGGAAUAUGGUUGCGAUCUGGAGUUAAUGGGAGGAUUGGCCCUUGACGACCCCAACAAGAACAUGGAAUUUCUCAAAUCCAAGAAAGUUCUCACUUACUACGUUUCCGGGCAGAACGGUGAAAAUCUCAAAAGGGCAAUCAGACAAUUUGUAGGUAAAUAUAGAAACGAGAUUAAGAAGCUGGAAAAGGAAGAGAACUUUGGAUGCAACUACAUUAAUGCAGAUGAUAAACACCAAUUUAUUUGUAUUUUUGAGUGA